UUCGUAAAUUUACUAUAGACAACAGUGAAGAAGUUGGAUGUGAUCGAAAAUCAAAACACUCUACAAUUUUAUAGAACAGGUAGACAGCAAUGGCCGAUGAUAACCAGUUGCCAGAGUUCCCAGAGGGAUCUCCGGGUCAAAAAACCGAGGGUGGGUCGUCUCGGGGCCGUAGGCGAAAUGUACGAAGGACUGGAAUGCCAGAAGAGGAGCGCAGAGCUCGGCAACAGCGUAGACGUCAAUUCCGCGCCCGAUUUAGGGCUGCAAACGAAGAUAAGCGUCGUGAAGAGACAGAAGAUGGAAAACCCGAUAUUGACGACUCAAACGCUACACAGGCAGCAAUUGAACAAGAGAGUGCGGACGAUCCGAUCUUGGCAGAGGCUGAGGGUAUUCAGGAGCGGAAACCUUGGGAGACGCUAGUGAUUGGGAGCUUGGGGGAGAACUUGAGUUACAUCGAGGAAAAGAAUCGUGAGAUUGAACGACAGCAAUAUAUCGUAAGAUACCACCAGGAACAUUCUCCGCACGAAGUUGCACAUAAUCAGGAAAUCCUCGAUGAGUUGAUACAAGAGCGAUCGGAGAUGGAGGACGAUGAAGAAAACAAUAUGCCCCAAGAUAAGCGAGAAGAGAAGAAGCGCAUCGGCGAACGACUGGACUCGCUGAAUUGGGCCCUCGAUACUUGCCAAUGUGAAGAUGAGGAGAUCAACAUCCGAGCUGCCAUCCAAGGGUAUCAAUCUGGGGAAAUCUUAUAUUCGAACAAUUUUACACUCAUCUACGGCGGACAUAUCGUUGAUGUCUGCCCCUCAUACCAAUCCUUCUGCGUAGACAGGCAGGAGAGGUUAGAUAGGUAUUUUGCAAAAUACGGACCCGGAUGGCUCUGGCAAGAACCCCCGUUGGCUGGCCCCGGCUUCGAAGCCAUGGCAAAUAAGGCGCUGUGCCUCAACCAGGACGGGAAUAAAAAUAACUACUUUUUCGGGAGUUAUACGGUGAACAUGCGAUUUGCCGUUGAUAGGAGACAAGUAAUGAGAAAGACACCUAGAGGUUUCAUUAGAGACAGAUCAUGGCGGCAGCCGAAUUCUGAGAUUUCGUGUUGCUUCGAGACGCUCCUCGACAGCGGAGCAACUCUCCCCAACUUAUCUCUAGUUGAUCUUCGGCAUCUAAACGUCGACUUGAAGUAUUACGCUGCGCAGGGUGUUACGAAGAUCCGGACAGUAUCCGAUAUCCAAGAGCGGAGACUCUUCGAAAUGCGAGUCUCGGUGUGUUCAAAAGACGGCACAUCACUCGUCGGGGAAGGCGAUCAAGCAGUGUGGCCUAGCGAACGGAGGAUGAUUGGAGGCUUCGUUCCAGUUUGGAUCAAUGAAGACGCAGAAGGUCCAUCAAGCUUCAAAGACCGUCUAAGCGGCAUGAUACCGUUCGAAUCAUGCUACGUAGGGUCGGCGCCGACUACGAAGGAGAUGUGGCUUGGGGAAGACCGCAGAGACGUGCUGGGUGCAAGGCGCAUGCCGUCGCUCUUGCGGUACGACACGGAGAAGCAAGUCGGGUUGACGUACCCGGCACACUUCCAAAGACUGCGGGCCGAAGCAAAGACGCCGGAUCAAGUGGUAUUCAUACAUAAACUCGACCCGGCAAAAGGAAAAGGAUCGACGUUCAUCGACGCAGACUGGCCAGGCGUUCGCGGGAAGACCGAGCUAGCAAUCCUGCAUAGAGAAUUCGACAAAGCUCGCCAGCGGAUAAUCACGAAAUCACAGGAGAAGGUAGUCUUGGAGCCACGCACGGGAGAGCGGUGGGAAGCUGCGAAGGAGAAGCCUAUAUGGCGAGAGGAAUUCCUAGGCCCUAGGGAUUUUGCGAAGCCGGACUAUACCGGCGUUGGAGAGAAGCGGCUAUCCGGACGUAGGUUUGGACGUAGGUAGAAGGGAUGGGGUAUAGCGAAGUAAGAGAUGUGUUGUACUAAGUAAGUCUAGAGUA